CCUCUCAUGGCCCCCAAACGCACUACCACAGCCAAUGCCGACAGCACAUCGAAUAAAAGACGCCGCGGGGGUAACCCACUGCUGCGCAAGUGUGAGGUGGACAUACAUGUCAGUCUGUCGCAUCUGAUGCAGUUUCUGAAGAUCAUGACGCCUCCAGUGAUAUCACGCGCACACACCUACGAACCACAACAAGACCUUCUGCGCAGAUAUCGCACCCCCACCAACAUACGGGCACUGUCAGGCAUUGCUGCGUACCACGAGCUCUGCUUAAACCUGACCAUCAACACCAACCAUAUAACUGAGCGGAUAAAUACCACUCAGCCCGUCAGCCGGCGGAGCCACCCCUUAACCCUCCACACACACGCCCCCCCCGACAGACCACAGGGUCUUGACGUGGCGUGUAGUGAGAUAACAGAACUGGCGCACUUGGCGGCAGAGGCGUACCAUGAGUCUUUGUAUGCACUGCUGUCACGCACAGUGCACGUAGUACUGACCUCCUGGGUGACUCAUGGGCCAGCCUUAGCCGCCAUAGAGAGUGCGCUUGUGCUCAUAGGGGCUGUUUCUACCUCUGCCCAGCCGGGUGCUGGGGAUUGCUCUCCAGGUGAGUUUGAUACGAGUGACUUGUGCGGAUAUGAGCGACGAUAG